AUGUGCCUCCACUGCUUUCACCAUCAUUCGACUGAUACAAGGGGAUACAAGCGAUUUUACAGGCGACAAUUGCUUGAAACAUUAGAUUAUCUCAAGGAUGAUUGUUUGAAAAUCAAUUGCACUGUAGGAAUGGUGGUUUCUGCAACAGAUUGCCCCAGGCGAUGCUACACUUCAUUUUACAGAGAUGAACUUACAGAUAAAUUGGUGGCUUCAAGUUCAUCUAGGGAACAAACUGUAUUCAAUACAGUAGUUGCCAAAUUAUUGGCUGCUGUUGAUCGAUAUGAUUUGACUAGACUCAAAAGGAUAUGUGAGUCACGUCUCUACAAGGAUCUUUUAAAUGUAUUUGAGGUUUUUCUUCCCCAACUUUUGCUAUACCCAAAUCCUUCAGACCUACUAAAUGGUGAUGCGGAAUCUUUGAUGAUAAAGGACAAGGAGCAAUAUGAGAAGAAAGUGAAAGAAUAUUGUGAGCUAUAUGAAAAAAAGGAGAAUAUCAAUGGCAACACACUUGGAGAUGAAAGUGAUGAAAAUGAAAGCAAUGAAGAUAUUAGUGAUGGAAAAAGUGAAUCAAGUGAAGAGGAUGUUGCGGGAAAUGCAGACCCAUAA